AUGGGAAAUUCCAAAUCUAAAGAGAUCACUAAACAUGCAAAGGUUGCUUUCACCCCUGAAUAGCUGUAAUAACUAGAAAAGUUGUUUGCAGGUCUGAAUGGAGGCAAAGAUCUUGUGGAAAGAUCUUUUCUAUCGCACUUCCCUGAAAACCCAGACUUUUCAAUUAAAUUGUUCAACUGGAUGGUUGAGCGAAGUCCAAAUCACUCUGUUGAUUAUACUAACUUUGUUGGGUUAUUGGAGUUACUACUUAAGGAAUUGAAGGAUUAUUAUCUGAGUGACUAUAAGUUUAGAAAUUUAGAGAAGUUUGAAUUGUUUGCCUUGAUCAGUUUGGAAUGUUUGGAAAAUGACAAGGACUCCAUAAACAGAUUUGCUGUAUCAUAUUCACAAGGGAGCAUUGUUCUGAGGGAAUUAUUGAAUAUUUAUUCAGGAGGUUAAAUAACAAAUUCUUAGAGAAAUGAUUUGGCUGCCAGAUCAGUUACAAAUACUAUAUUUGAUUAAAAAGAUGAAAUGCCAUUCAAUCAAUUUGUUAGUAUGGCCAAAGCUUAGUUGAUCUAUGCUAACAAAUUAUGUAAACAUUAUUUUAAUGUGAAAUUUCUGGGAGAGCAAUCUCAGAUUCAAAUACCAAGAUUGAAUACUUCCAGUUUUAUCUUGAAUGAUUAGGUGUUGGCAUUACUUUAAUUGAGUUCUCCUGAUUUCAGUAAAAUCAAAUAAUUAUAAUUGCAAUUCUCAUCAUCUGUGAGUGAAGAUGACAUGGAUCACAUUGCAGAUAUUGUAAUAAAUGCUCAGAAACCAUUGUUGUUCAUAUUCAGAAAUAGAGAAGAUGAAUCAUAAAAUGACACUUUCUAACAACAAGUAUUUGGAGCCUAUAUCUCUAUUGAUCCAACACUCGAAACUCAUUACAUCAGGAGAAAACUCAAGGAUCCUUUGAAUAUUCUUUAUAGUGAUAAUGAUCCUAAGAGUUUGUAUUUUGGAGAUGAAAAGAGCUUCUUAUUUUCAUUGCUCCCAAAAUAUUAACUAUUUAUGAGUACUUUUGAUCAAAGAUCGAAAUAAUGUUUUGCUUAUAUAAACAACAGAUCUUUCAAGGUUGAUCAACCUUUGGGAUUGGCAUUUGGAGGAGAUGGAAAAGGAAAUCAUAGAAUAUGGCUCGAUGAAAAUCUUAAGGGUAAUGCUACUUGCAGGAUCAAUAAUUAAUGUGAUCUCACUUAUGAGAUGGGCUAUAUAUUGGAACCUCAUAUUGAAUUCUUGAAUGUAUGGCAUUUCUAUUUAUUAAUUAAGUUAACAUGCAUUGAAAUUUGGAGUGUUGAGGAGAAGGAGGCCAAUACUUUAUUACAGAGCAAGAUUGUGGAAGCGGGGAAGGAGAAUACACAAUAGAAGGAAGUUGAACAACAGAAGGAAAGUGUCAUUGAGUAAAAAUGA